AUGCUUUUCGAUGGUGCCUCAAAUGAGUUGGGACAUGGGAUUGGAGUUGUACUAAUUUCUCCAGAAGGAAAGAUUUUCUCCCUAACGACCAAGUUAUGUUUUGAAUGCACUCACAAUAUCACUGAAUAUGAAGCUUGCAUUAUGGGACUUCAAGUAGCAUGCGAUAUGAGAAUUAAAAAGUUGAAAGUUUUGGGUGACUCAAUGUUAAUGAUACAUCAAGUCAAGGAAGAAUGGGAAAUAAGAGAUGCUAAAUUGGUGCCUUACAGCCAAUACGUUACAAAAUUAUCUCAAAAUUUUGAGAAGAUUUCAUUUGACCAUGUUCCUAGGGAAGACAAUCGAUUAGCAGAUGCAUUAGCCACCCUGGCAAUGAUGUUUGAUCUUAAUCUUGAAUGUGAGCUUCAUCCAAUCCAAAUUAGAAAGCGAGAUGUGUCAUCAUAUUGCAUGAAUGUUGGAAAUGAUAACAAGCCAUGGUAUUUUGACAUUAAGCAAUACAUAAAGUGUAGAGAAUAUCCAUAUGAAGCUUCAGGGAAUGACAAAUGCACAAUAAGGAGGUUGGCCAUGAACUUUUUCUUAAGUGGCAAAGUUCUUUAUAAAAAAAACCACGAUAUGGUGCUCCUUCAGUGUGUUGAUGAGGAGGAAGCAAAACAAAUUAUGACAGACAUUCAUGAAGGAAUAUGUGGAACACAUGCUAAUGGACAUAUGAUGGCUAGACAAAUACUUAGAUUUGGUUAUUAUUGGACAACAAUGGAAUCAGACUGCAUAAAAUAUGCAAGGGAAUGUAAAAAAUGUUAA